AUGUGCAUCGCCAUCAUACGAGGCGAGCUGAUCUUGUCUCCGGAAACACAACUCACGAGUACGAGUACGCGCUCAGUACAUCUUUGCAUCGCCGCGGCAAGGGACGCCAUGCAGCUCGUCAACGUGAGUCUGCCAGAUCUCCAUCUUGUCGGCGACGAGCAGCAGAUGAACUUGUCGCUCCGGGGCACGCUGCAGCUGCGGUUUCCAGACGGCGUGGACGUCCCAACUACGAGUAGUGACUUGUUAAAGCUGGUCACGGAGAAGCACUUGUGGAUUGCGCGAACCGGAUCUUGCUAUCUGCGACUUGAUGUCUCAAUUCAAGGCGAACCUGUGUCGGAGAGGAAUCAUGUCGCAAAGCUCGUGAAAUGGAGAGAGGCAUUCACGGCAGAGUUUGAGUCUGUGAGUUGCCAUAUCGAUCUUUCUCCAAACAAGGAUGGGGUAUCCUUGAAGAAACGCCCGUUAAAAAGAAAACGUGCAAAACAAGCCAGCGAAUGUAUCGAAAUUCAACAGCCAGAUGAUGUAUUUGCAGAUGAUGAGCAUCUUGCAGAUUUGACGCCGGAUGACCAGAGGGCAAUUGAUGCUUUUAUACAAAGCCUGAACAUGAUGCCUGUUCGACAGAGACAGAUGACCAGUGAGAUAUUUGAAUUCUCAGAGAGCCUUGGGCAGUUAUUCGAGGUUGCUUUGGAGAUGAUUGUUCUCGGAUCACGCAAGCAGUAUAGAGGAAUUGCUACCGUUCAUCGUACUCACGCGGAGUGUCUGAUACGGUUGGCACCCGCAGUAUUCAACAGGCCAUACCUCAAGACUAUAUCGGAUAGAGUCUCUCUACUUCCGAUUAUAGCCACCUCGCUUGCUCGAAUGAAGAAUGCCGAAUCUCCAAGUCUUCGGCAAAAAGCUGCUUCAUUCGCAGCCCGGGUUACUGACGUGGGAUGCGACUACAACGACCGUGUGAUACGAGGAAUCGAGAAAAGCACGUGGGAUGUCUUGUUAUCGACAGUCAAGAUACCAACCUUGUCAAGAAAAGGAAGCCAUGGUGUUCAGAGAUUGACGUCAAAUACGGAGCCCGGGUCAGGAAGUGGAUUCUGUGAGCACAGCACUCCAUUACAAGCCGUGGAGAAGGAAGAGAAAGAGGACAUCGGAGUGAUUACGACAUGGUCGAGUACGCACGGCCAGACUGAGAACCAUGAGAUAAAGCAAUCACUUCUACCGCCACACAACCCCAUAUUCCUCGAAUGUCGGCAAGUCGGUCUACCGGAGGUACAAGCAAGCAGUGCCUCGCUUUCACCAGGAUCUCCUAUUUGCUACACCCAAGCGGAGCCGAGUUAUAUAUCCAACUCAUCUGGAAUGGAUAGCAAGGCACUCAUGGGCGAAGGAAUAUAUGAACAUCCCUUUACAGUAGACGCUGUUGUGUGGAAUCAUGAUCUAUGGCCGAUGGAUCAGAAUGUUGGGGGAUUUAAUGCUAAUGUCAAGCGUGUGGAAAUGUAA